GCACAACGUCAAAUGGUAAAUCUUUCCCAUAAGCCAUCAGUUCAUUAUAACGGCACAACAAGAACUGAAGCUCUGGAGCUUUUAUAUUGAGGUUUUUUGGAGAGCAUGUCUGACUCCAAGGAAGGACACUUCACUGUUCUUUAUUUUGCUACUGCUAGCUCAUACACUUCAAAGGACUCCGAGACUUUUGCUGCACCUCUCCCUCUUUCAGGAUUGUUCGACACUUUAGAGGAUCGAUACAAUGGAAUGAAAGACAAUGUCUUGCGCAGUUGCUUAGUGACUAUCAACUUAGAGUAUGUUGAUAUCCCAGAGACAGGCUCUGACAACACGGAAAUAAUCAUCAAAGAUGCGGAUGAGGUAGCCAUUAUCCCGCCAGUGAGCUCUGGGUGAGGCAGUACUAUUUGUGAUAUACGAUAAUAUUUAUGCCUCUUUUGAAAGCCUUGUGAAUUCUCCGUUUAGUUCUAUUAGCAUAUUUAAUUCACACAUUUAAUUUCACA